CCAGCGAUCUGGAUCAGUUGCCCAACAUGCACAGCUCCUUCACCCGCCUCCAGAAUGUCUUCGGCUUCUUCACAACAGUCGCCUUCGUCCUCGGCGCAUUCAUCGCCGCCACAGACCUCGGCGCUCCUCGCACCCCCAGCGGCGUCAUAAAGACAGACAACGUCCAAGUCGUCAAAGGUAGACCGCACUACUACUCCUCCAAGAAGGAAGAAUACGCCAUCAUCCGAUUCUCCCUCGAAGCCGAUCUCUCCUCGCUCUUCACAUGGAACACCAAACAGCUCUUCGUAUACGUGACCGCAGACUGGACCGGGCCCGACAAUGCCAACAACUCUGCCGUCAUCUGGGACAGCAUCAUCACCAACCCCAGCGCCGACCACCUUCAGAACCUUGGCCCUGUUGCCAUGAAGAAGCUGAAGAGAAGCGCCGAGGGGAAGAGCAUUGCACCUGAGCGAGGACUGCUCAAGCUCAAGAACCAGAAGCCAAAAUACCAAAUCACCCACCCCAGCGGCAAGAUCGCCGAGACGCCUGACGUCACUCUGAGAUUGCAUUACAACGUACAGCCCUGGGUCGGCCUUUUGACCUGGAACAUGGAUAAGCCAUUCGGUGUGUGGCAAGCCAUGAGCGGCGGUAUCAGCGACUACUUCACGCUGCCUGCCCUCAAGUCCAAGGAUACCAAGGCCAAAGACGCCAAGGAGAAGGCUGGCGCGAAGACCAAGACCAAGAGCAAGAAGCCCUGA